UUCGUUAGUACCACGAACCCCUAAGGUAGUACUAACGAGGGCCAAGUGAGCCGGCCUCAGGGGCGCGCCGCGACCACCACGUGGGUGGGGAGGACGCACCGGCCGCUCUGGCCCGCCUACACCACGCCUCUGACGCAUCACGCUUGGCGCAGGCGCACAGGAGCCGCGGCCCGCCCAGGUGGGCGCGUGUGCCGCUCCCUGAUCUCUGCCGAGGCACUGUGGUCCAGCGGGAGCUCGUUGCAGGCGGUGAGGGCCCGCCUCCCAGCCGGCCAGGAGGCGUGGGCAUGGAGCUGGCCGCCGUCGCCAUGCCCCGGGCCCGCGCCGCUGCUUAGGGCGACCCGAGGGACGCUGCCUAGGGCGCGGCUCCGGGGACCCGUGCGGCCUAUCACGGCCCGGCGCUGCGCGGAUGGCCCUGCUCCUGCGGCCCGUGCUCGCCGUCCUUCUUCUCCUCCUGACCGCCGCUUUCAGGUGCCAGGAGCAGGCCCAGACCACCGACUGGAGAGCUUCCCUGAAGACCAUCCGGAACGGCGUUCACAAGAUAGACACGUACCUGAACGCCGCCUUGGACCUCCUGGGAGGCGAGGACGGGCUCUGCCAGUAUAAGUGCAAUGACGGAUCUAAGCCUUUUCCGCGUUAUGGAUAUAAAGCCUCCCCGCCGAAUGGAUGUGGCUCCCCACUGUUUGGUGUUCAUCUUAACAUUGGCAUCCCUUCCUUGACAAAGUGCUGCAACCAACACGACAGGUGCUAUGAGACCUGCGGCAAAAGCAAAAACGACUGUGAUGAGGAGUUUCAAUAUUGCCUCUCCAAGAUUUGCCGAGAUGUGCAGAAAACACUAGGGCUAGCUCAGCACGUGCAGGCAUGUGAAUCCACCGUGGAGCUCUUGUUUGACAGUGUUAUACAUUUAGGCUGUAAGCCGUACCUGGACAGCCAACGAGCCGCAUGUACGUGUCGCUACGAAGAAAAAACUGAUCUUUAAAGAAGAUGCUGACAGGUGGUGACAGCAGAUGAGGACAGAAGAGCAUAACCUUUGACGAAGAGCUAAUGUUUUCACAGCAUAAAGCUGCCUUAUUUUUGUGAAAGGAUUAUUUUAAGACCUUAUUUUGACAUUAAAACUUCAAACUAAAGAAACAAAUGCAGGUUAUCUUCCUAGAUGUUGCUGCCUUAGUGUGCCAUAUUGUCUUGACAAUCACAGGAAGAGGUGCAUGUUAAGGGAGAAUUUUUUAAAAGAAAGAGUCUAGCUCAGUUUUCACAACUAUAUUUAUCAAAAAAUAAGGUCAAAUGUAAAAUUCAUUAUAAGGUAUGUUCAGCAGUAUCUUAUUUGGAAAUAUGGGGAAAUCUUCACUUAAAAGUAUGUUUGUCAGGGCUUCCCUGGUGGCACAGUGGUUGAGAGUCUGCCUGCCGAUGCAGGGGACACGGGUUCGUGCCCCGGUCCGGGAGGAUCCCACAUGCCGCGGAGCGGCUGGGCCCGUGAGCCAUGGCCGCUGAGCCUGCGCAUCCAGAGCCUGUGCUCCGCAAUGGGAGAGGCCACAACAGUGAGAAAAAAAAAAAAAAAAGUAUGUUUGUUUACUGUAAAAAUUAAAAUAUACAUUUAUGCCGAGAAA